UUCUUUUGCAUCAAAUUAUCAAAACCCCACUUCCCAAAAUCUCCAAAAAAAUCAUCAAAAACUCAAAAUUUGUUCAAGAAAAUGGGAUUCAACAAUUAUUACUCAGAUUCAACUGAAUCCCAUCACCACACAACACACAAAAUCUUCCUUUUUUGUAACUACAUUCUUCUUGGUGCAUCUUCCAGCUGCAUUUUCUUGACUUUAUCCCUCCGAUUAAUCCCCUCCCUGAUCGGGUUCUUCUUCAUCCUCCUCCACGUCCUCACUAUAGGUGGUGCAGUCUUUGGCUGCGCCACUGUGUCAGCACCCUCCGGUGCUGGCACUAGCAAAUGGUACGGAGCACAUAUGGUGUCCUCCGUACUCACAGCAAUAUUCCAAGGCUCUGUUUUCGUGCUGAUAUUCACGAAAACAGGGGAUUUCCUCGGAAAAUUGAAUUCCUAUGUCAGAGAGGAAGAUGGUGUUGUGAUUUUGAGAUUAGCUGGUGGAUUAUGUGCUUUGAUCUUUUGUCUUGAAUGGGUUGUUCUUACACUUGCAUUUUUCUUGAAAUAUUAUGCUUAUGUUGAAGGAAAUAAUGGGAAUGUUGCAAUGAAGAACAGAGGUAGAGUUCAAGAUGAGGAAGAUGUCAAGAAUUGGCCAUGGCCAUUUCAAGUUUAAGUAGAAAGUGGCUAUUUUUUGCAAAUGUGAACUUCUAUUUUAUUUGUUAAUUCCUUGAUUUAAUUUGGUUUGUUGUUGUAAUUUGAUUGGAUUUUGACUUUGGAAGGUCUAUUAUUUGAAUAUGUACUUUGUAUAAUGAGGAAAUCGAAAUUAUGCAACAUGUUACUACUA